AUGAAUUCUAUCAAUAACUAUCGAGAAUUAAAAUCACUCUCUAUGAUUCGAUUGCAAGAGAGUAUCAUAUUGCUUCUCUCACAUUGGUAUGCUCUUCAAAUGGCCAUCAAGAACCAAUGGGGUGGUUGUGAUUCCCUUCAUAAAUCACACGAACUUGCUUCUAAUUUAUUCUCUUGGCUCUCCAAAUCCAAUGAACCAAUUUGUGUGGAAGAUUUAGAAAAUAUACUCCAUGAAUUCAUGUUGCUUACAUUCAAUACAGAGAUAGAAGAUGGUAGCAUUGAACAGGUAGCCGAACAAUUGAUAGUUAUCCAUGAAGAUUGUUUGUUACGCCACUCAUCUUAA